AUCAUUGUACUCUUUUGAUUGUCAUCACCUCUGAUUGAGCUUUGCACUCGGAUGUUUCGUCAUAGCGAAACCUGACCCUACCUAGAAGGAUCAAAUUCCGAUACAAAACUAUUACUUCGGCGGCACUGUGGUGUGUUGACUAUCAAAUAUUUUACCCCAAGAAAAAAUGCCUUCGAUGAAUUCUACUGCUACCAAGACAGAGUUCGAGAGCUCAUUUACUCUAAGCGAGCAGGAAACCAAAACCACAAGAAUGACUUCCUCGCUUGAGAGGAGUUUCGAGUCGAAUGGAUCCCGUCCAAGUAGUACAGGAAGUCCUACAUUCAGCGAACGACUCAAAUCAGCUAGGAGACUCGUACUGCCACAACACCCUGGUCGUGCAAGAUUGGCCAAGUCAACCAGCGACACAGAGAAAAUGGCCUCAAACAAAGAAGAUGAGAAUUCAAGCAAUCCUAAAAUCGCCCAAGAGCCUGCUGAUUUCCGAACUCUUUUCAGGGAGCAGUUUAUUCUUGCAGAGUACAAAGCAGUGUACAGGAACCCUCAGUCAGGAGUGUAUGUUAUCCCUUCUCUUAAAUCUCUUCAAGUUUGGCAUGGCAUCAUCUUUUUGAGGGCUGGACCAUACAGAGAUGGCAUUUUUAGAUUUUUUAUUUUCCUACAAGAUGAUUUUCCAGAUAGUCGGCCCCUGGUUAAGUUCACUUCAAAUGUGUUCCACCCACAGAUUCACGAGAAUGGUGUUUUCAAUCUAGAAGUUGCAUUCCCAAAUUGGCAUAGAGGAAAACAUUGCAUCUGGCAGAUUCUCAAGUAUAUGAAGAGUUGUUUUUAUAGCACAGAUACAUGGGGCGGGGUCAAUCAAGAUGCAGUAAAUGUGGUGCACAGCAGUUUGGAAGAAUUCAAGGAAAAGGCAAGGAACUGUGCUCUGGAAUCACAAAAAAUAUUUGAUGAAGAGACUGAAAGCUCAGUGGAAGAUGGAAAUAUUCUCAGAGUAAAGAAUAUGACAAAGGCAGAAUUCCACGAGGCAAAGCAGCAAAUGAUUAAAGGGGAAAUACCAAGACCAUCACGAAGUCACUCAACAUAUUGAAAAAAAUAUUUAUUUAAGAUAAAAAACAUUGCGUUUGACGCACAUGUUUGCAAUAAUGUAUUUAUGAUAAAUAUAAUACUUAUUUUUACAAUUGGCAAAGUUAUACUUUGCAAUUAUAGAUUAUAAAGACGGUCAUACAAUAUAAUACAUUUGUAAAUAUGUACAUAAAGCAAGAUAACAAUACCCAAUGGCAGUUCUAUUGAAUAAAGUUUUAUUUUAUUUC